UGCGAUACCAGCUGACAAAAGCCAACUGUUGCUAUUCUGUUACAUGGUUUUUGUUGACUUAAUACCUUCUGGCCUGUUUUUUUUAAAGAGCUUCUAGCUUAAGGGCUGUUUGGGGUUGGGGUAAGAACCUCCUACUCAUUUAGUAGCUCUUCUGUCUCUUUCUUAAAACAUGAUGUUAAAUAUGUACUGUUGAAGGAAAGCUGCACUGAUGCAUAUGCAAGUAGCACAGGGAAGGAGGUAUUUAGUGGGAUUUUAGUGUUAAGUCCCCCCUCCCUACUUGUUAUACUUCUUUCUUGCUCAUAUCUUUCACAGUAUGUGCUGCCAUAACACAUUUAAUGUUGUAUCUAGUUUGGCCCAGAAUGGGAAGAAGUUCAAAAAUGGCUAUUCCUGCUCAAGUGAUGGAAGAGAUCAGCAUCCUGAUGUCUCUUGCGGUUAUCUCUCAAAUGAGUGAAAACAAUGGAAAAUUGGCAAGAGGAGACUGUUGCUUUUUGGGGAACUCUCUUGUUUGGGGGAGAGGAAUCUCCAGGCUAUGAGACGUCAACUAAUAUAUAUCAUGCAGACCAAUAGCCCUCGUGACAUACAUCAGAGUGAAUGGCAAAAGAAUUACUUCGUUGUCACCUCUGACACCAGCAAACCAGCAGAGAAGGCAGAUGCAUAUCGCGCACAAAUUUUACAUAUUCAGUACGCAUGGGCAAACUCAGACAUCUCCCAAGUUUGUGCCGCCAACCUCUUCAAAAAAUAUGCAGAAAAAUAUUCUGCAAUUAUUGACUCUGACAAUCCAGAAACCGGGUUGAACAACUAUGGUAAAGAUAUUUUGACUUUGGCAAGGUGUCAGCAAAAUGAGAGUGACAAGUGGCAAUCUGGUUUGACAACAAGUAAUGUGAUGGAACUGAAGUGUGUGCAAGAGGUAAUGAAGGCUGGCAAGAAGUCUGAGAGCUCUGUGAAGACAGAAUCAAAAACAAGUGUUGCUAAAGACAUCACAGUCUCUGUUUCUUCAAGUCUUCCCAAACCUGCUCUUCACAUUGGUGAUGGAGAAUCUAUGCUGGGGGCUGGCUCGUCAAAUUGUGUAAAUCAGGGGCUAGAUACCUUUGGGAGACCUUCAGCUUCGAAAUCUCAACAAAAUGAUAAAGUUUCUUUGGUUAAGGCAGGAGUUUCACAUUCAUUUUCAUCUGUUCAUAUAAGUGAUGCUUCUCAUACUGUCUCUUAUGCAACCCCAUUAUUUGGAAAUAAGGAAUCGGGCUGCAGUAGUCUAACAGCCACAAAUAAUUCUGGUUUGGGGCAAAAGAUAUGUUCUACUCAGUCUCCUUUCACUGAAGGGAUAGGCAACCUUGGAAAAAGGAAAAAUGUUUUUAUAUCCACCGAUGAAAAUGCCAGUUCAGCUUCUGGUAUCGUUUCUAAUAAGCCUAUGAAUACAGUAGAAAAGAACUUUUCAUGGAGUGGAAGUAAAAUGAGUGAGAGCAAAACAUCUGGUUUCAAAAGUGCAAAAGAACAGCUUUGGGUGGACCAACAGAAGAAAUACCAAAACCAGUCUCAGCAUACAUCAUUCCCAUCUUAUGGCUGUACAAAAAAGUCUUUAGGAGCAGCAAGAUCUCGGGGUCCAUUUGGAAAAUUUAUCUCUCCAGUGCCAAAGCAAGAUGGUAGUGGAAACAUAGGAAUGCCAUACAAAGCUUCUGAAAGUGGAACUACAGAUGCGACUCAUCCUGUAGAUGAACGGCUAAAGAAUAUAGAACCAAAAAUGAUAGAACUUGUUAUGCAGGAAAUCAUGGAUCAUGGCCCUCCAAUAACCUGGGAUGAUAUUGCUGGAGUUGAAUUUGCAAAAGCAACUAUCAAAGAGAUAGUAGUGUGGCCUAUGUUGAGACCUGACAUUUUUACGGGUUUACGGGGUCCUCCAAAAGGAAUUCUCCUGUUUGGACCUCCUGGGACAGGAAAGACUCUCAUUGGCAAAUGUAUUGCAUGCCAAUCUGGAGCCACAUUUUUUAGCAUCAGCGCAUCUUCACUGACUUCCAAGUGGGUAGGUGAGGGAGAAAAGAUGGUCCGUGCGUUGUUUGCUGUGGCACGAUGCCAGCAGCCAGCUGUAAUUUUCAUUGAUGAAAUUGAUUCUCUCUUGUCCCAGCGUGGAGAUGGGGAACAUGAAUCUUCUAGAAGAAUCAAAACAGAGUUUUUGGUCCAGUUAGAUGGAGCAUCUACUUCUUCUGAAGACCGCAUACUAGUUGUAGGUGCAACCAACCGGCCCCAAGAGAUUGAUGAGGCUGCUCGAAGGAGAUUGGUAAAGAGACUGUACAUUCCACUUCCUGAUGCUUCUGCCAGAAAGCAAAUAGUGGCUCGUCUGAUGUCAAAUGAACACUGCUCUCUAACUGAUGAAGAAAUAGAUCUGAUAGUUCAAAAAUCAGAGGGGUUUUCUGGGGCUGACAUGACGCAACUUUGUCGAGAAGCUUCUCUAGGUCCCAUUCGCAGUCUUCAGUCUGUUGAUAUUACGACAGUCAAACCAGAGCAAGUGCGAUCUAUUGCCUUUGAAGAUUUUAACAGUGCUUUAAAAACUGUGCGCCCCAGUGUGUCCUCCAAAGAUUUGGAAUUGUAUGAUUCUUGGAAUCAAACAUUUGGGUGUGGAAGAUAAGGGGAAUUAAGCUGGAUCUUUAAUUCUGUUUGACUUUCAUUUUAAUUGUCAUUCAUUUCUGAAGUGUUUGUGUUCUCUAAUAAAUAAGAAGAAAAUA